GCCGAACAAUAAAACUAUCGAUUCUAUGUACCUAUCCUUGCUGAAGAAUUUACUAUUAUCUUGAAAAAUUAACACGCAUCAUCCAUGGAUGGCCUGAGGGAACGAAUCGAUAUAUACUUCGAGACUCGCACCUAGGAGAAGGGUGGUGUCAUCAGGGAUUACAUCGCUACUCUGAAUAUGCAACAUUCCAUAUUCCUCUGCGACAACGACUAUCUCAACCUCAUCAACCACAAGGACGUCAUACAGCGCCAGGUAGACGACCUGGAAAGCUCCGUUGGCAGAGGAGUAGCGAAAUCUUCUUUUUUUCUGUCAGAUGGAGACCCUCACUCUUGCCUCGAAAAGGACAUGGGUGAUUGGUUCGGAAAGGAAUGCUAUCUUGCUCAGUCCGGCUACGCUGCCAACGUUGGCCUUAUGCAUGCCAUCUGCAGGCCGGGCGUUAACGCCUACGUUGAUCAAUUUCUUCAUAUGUCAUUUUACGACGGUCUUGCCGCGCGGCACGUCAAUGUCCAUUCCAACAAGCAUAAGAAUUUCGCUCAACUUGAGGCCAAUAUUCGGAUGCAUGGUCCAGGCGUCACCAUGGUUGAGUCAGUUUACAGUAUUAGCGGGGCCUUAGCCCCGCUUGAGCAGAUUGUUCGUAUUAAGAAACAGUAUUCCUGCGUUCUUGUCGUUGACGAAUCACACUCUUUUGGUGUUUCGGGAAGCAAGGGAUAUGCUCAUAUGAUGGGCCUCCAAGAUCGUGUCGUCUUUGCGACUGCUAGCCUGGCCAAGGCCUAUGCCAUUCGCGCCGGAAUAAUAUUUACCUCUAACGCCCUCCAUGUCAAAGAAAAUUCUUUUACCUACAUCUUCAGCUCCGGACUCAUGCGGAAUGAUAUUGUUUGGAUUUGUGCAAUAUGGGAAGUUGUCAAGGCUGCUAACGACCGUCGGCGGAAGCUAUUGGACGCUUCUCACCUAUUGCGGACUGAAGUGUCCAAGGUGGCUGAUGUCAUUAAAUCCAAACUGCUUUUCCUUCUCCUAUCAUUAGCCUUCGUGCCAAAGACGAAGAGGAGAUGGCUCGCCUUCAUCGACAUCUCUCCUCUGAUGGUAUUCUAGCUGCGCCUUUAUUUGCUCCUGCCACCACUCUAAAAUUUUCCGUCGUACGCUUCACAGUUCACUGCGACAUUAGAACUGACGAUAUUGCAAAAAUCACAAGGUCUGUAGCAGGCUUCUUCGCUAUAGCACCUAAGCUCUAGUUAUUGUUGUGGAUCGAAGCUCCAUCGAGUGGACAACUUUUGAACUUUUGUCCCUCAUUCCUUGCAAUCUUCAGACCUCGUCUGGAUCAUGACUCUGCAUGAGCCUCAAAUCAGC